AUGAUGAUUCUUUCUUCUAACAAUGUAUUAGUAAGGCCGCCCUUAGGAUCCACUGGUAUCUUGUUCGAGGCCGCCAUCGACGCAGAUCAAAGUUGUUUUAGGAGCACAAAUCAAGGCAGAGCGACAUGCUCUGUGUCUGAAUUGGGAGUAAUGUUGGCUUCGAGACCAUUGUUAAGCCCGAGAUUCAGCAAUCUCGAGAAACUGGGACUCUCUAAACUCAAAUCAGGACCUUCUCUUCAGCAACAUUAUCACCGGCCCUCAUUCAAUUGGCCUAUAAUCAGGUUAUCAACACUCUACAAGUCAGAAAAGACUCCAGAUACAUACAUACAUUUAUUUCGAAUUCGACAUUCUACUUGCAGCUGUUUCAUCAUAAACAUCUCUUACACGAUCUUAAGCGAUAUUACUAAGGGAAUCUUAUCCGACAUCUAUCUCAACAUGAUACCAGAGAAUGAGAAUCUUGCUCUCCCAACCGCUCGUGGACCCAUCCCCUACCAGACAAGAAGGCAACAACCAUCUUGGACUGAGAAGCAUAAAAUUACCUACUACAAAGUGGAGCUCAAGGACCUAUGGAGUGGAAGGGACAACCGUUUCAAGGAAAUGUCAUAUCAUGCUCCCAUCCGGGCUAACCACAGGCAAAUGAUAAUGGUGACUCCACAGUCGAGUCUGGUUUGUGGGGGUUUGGGGGCGGCGCUUGGAGGAUACCACAGCUGA